CACUAAUCUCUCCACGUCACUCCCAGCUGAGCAGCGUGAGCCCGUGACGAGAAUUUCUCCACCUACUUCGAGCUGAGCCUGAUCGAUUCGCGAGAUUUCCGUUCAUGGCGGCGAAGUCUUUGAGGGAGAUCAGGAGAGCGGCGGCGGCGGGGAUUGGGAGUAGGAGAUGCUUCUCCGGCGACGCGGCGGCGGCGGCGGCGGCGGCGGCGGGGGUGGCGGAGGGGAAGGUGGGAGGAGGAGCGGGGAAGGAGGUGAACCUGUUCACGGCCAUCAACCAGGCGCUCCACAUCGCCCUCGACACCGACCCGCGCUCUUAUGUCUUCGGGGAAGAUGUGGGUUUCGGUGGUGUCUUCCGCUGCACAACAGGGCUCGCUGAUCGGUUUGGCAGGAAUAGAGUUUUCAAUACGCCGUUGUGUGAACAGGGAAUUGCUGGAUUUGCCGUUGGUCUAGCAGCAAUGGGUAAUAGAGCUAUUGCUGAGAUCCAGUUCGCAGAUUAUAUCUUUCCAGCUUUUGAUCAGAUUGUUAAUGAAGCAGCUAAAUUUAGAUACCGGAGUGGAAAUGAAUUUAACUGUGGAGGAUUAACGAUUCGAUCACCUUAUGGCGCUGUCGGUCAUGGUGGUCACUACCAUUCACAGUCACCAGAGGCUUUCUUUUGUCAUGUUCCUGGACUCAAGGUAAUCAUACCUCGAAGUCCACGUGAAGCCAAGGGAUUGUUGUUGGCAAGCAUUAGAGACCCAAAUCCAGUCGUAUUUUUUGAGCCAAAGUGGUUGUACCGUUUGGCUGUUGAAGAAGUUCCAGAGGAGGAUUAUAUGCUGCCCUUGUCUGAGGCAGAGGUGAUUCGUAAAGGAAGUGAUAUAACACUAAUUGGUUGGGGAGCUCAACUUGCAGUACUGGAAGAAGCAUGCGAAGAUGCAGCAAAGGAUGGAAUAUCUUGUGAGCUCAUAGAUCUAAGAACACUGAUUCCAUGGGACAAAGAAACAGUAGAGGCCUCUGUCAGCAAGACAGGAAAACUUCUUGUUAGCCAUGAGGCUCCAAUCACCGGAGGGUUUGGUGCAGAAAUUGCCGCAUCCAUCACCGAGCGCUGCUUCCAAAGGUUAGAAGCGCCCGUCGCAAGAGUAUGCGGCCUGGACACUCCUUUCCCUCUUGUUUAUGAAACAUUUUACAUGCCCACAAAGAACAAGGUCCUGGACGCUAUCAAAGCAACUGUAAAUUACUGAGGUGCUGGAGCAAGCUACCUAUGCGUUGUUCCUUGACAGUAUAGACAAAAAUUAUGUGCACCUUAUUGCUGGUUGUAGCCUGAAUAUGCAUCUCCAUAAAAGCAUUGUAUUUGAUAAUAUAGAAUUAUAGAUCAAUAAAGCCGUGAAGAUGCGAAUUAUUGUUCUGCGGUUACCAUGUUCCUAUCUUGACAUAUCCUUGAGUAGAAAUACAGAACCAAUCUGAACAUUGUGGAUC